AUGCCUCGGAGCAAUCAGAAGCGGUGCGCUCAUUCAAUCUCUCAUGAAGGUGCAAAAAAGUUCGGUCCAGGUGCUCUUCAUCUACGUGGAAAUCGAUCUAUUGAUAAUGAUCUUGUCGCGUUCAUCAUAGAAGAGUAUCAUCAAGCAACUGCGAACGUUGGAUUCUUCUCAUCUGAAGGUGAUCUUCUAUGUCGAACUUGCUACGAAACAGAAUUAGCUCGACUGCAUACUCAUUUGGCCGUGAAAGAUGCUAAAUUGAGACAAUCUGAUGGCAACCAUCCGCGACGCAGUUGUUCAAGUUUCUGUAGGUCUCUCCUAGCGGAAGCAGAUGCAUUAGAAGUCAAUUUACCGUCUGCUCACCGUUGUCUGCGAAAAAUGGAAAUGUGA